GACCUACGGCAGCGUGUACAAGCUGAGCAGGAAGGACAAAGAAAAGGAGACUUCUCUUUAUUAUCGCAACCGCUGGAUUAAAUUAACCCAACAAAACUACUCGUAAGUGUGAAAGACCAUCUCGUUUUGACAUGGCCAACCCUUUAAGGGGUCAGGUUAUCAAGCUUUACAAAACACUGCUGUAUCUUGGCCGUGAGUACCCCCAGGGAUCAGCUUACUUCAGAGAGCGCCUGAAGUCAGCUUUCAUGAAGAAUAAAGACGUGACAGACCCUGAAAAGAUCCAAAAGCUGGUGGACCGUGGUGACUUUGUCAUUAAGGAACUGGAGGCUCUCUAUUUCCUCAGGAAAUAUCGAGCCAUGAAGAAAAGGUAUUACGACCCAGAAAAAUAAUCACAAACACAGACAGCCUUGAAUUAUAAUGCAAGCUGUGAGGAAAGUACACAAAAUGUGUUAAGAAUUCAUCAUGUAAUGCUACAGUCUGGUAUUUUCACAUACACACUUCUAUUAUUAAGAUGCAGUACACAUGACUGCAGAAAAAGUUGCCCUUAUUAAAAAAAAAAUCAACUUGCCUCACAAAGAAAAUUAAAAUCCAUCUUUAGAAAGUGCCAGAAAAUGAAGACAAUGGAGCUGUUACAGAAUGUUCUUUGUAUUUAUGCUUUAUUUUGAUGUUUGAAAUCACAAACACUGUAUAUACUGCAUAUUUAUAUCUCAGUUUUUCGUCCAGAACAGUUCUUAACUGUGAGAGCCAAGGUGUCAGACUGACUGAAUCAUUUUUUGAAAUGUAUUUCCUAUUUCAGUGUAUAUUUUUGUAAACACAUGGUCAGAUUUCUUGAAGAGUGAAUGUACAUGACUAUGUAUCAAUGCACUAUUAGAAAGAAAACAACCAGUAUUUUAAAGCAGUGCUACCAUAAUAAAUCUAAAAUCACAGCAGCAUUCUUCAACAA